AUUCCAAGAAAACUCUGUAUAUUCGGGUCCCUGUUUGUAUUAUAAAAUUUAAGCCAAUUUAAAGGCAGUUUUUUGCAGGCGAUUUAUAAAAUACACUUUGUUAAUUAGUUCUGCUUUGUUAUUUUUGUAAAUUAAAAAAUAUUUUUAUUUUUUUAUGUACUUCACAGUAUGUGAGAUUUCACCUCCGUUAACUGUCCCAAGUUCUGAAAUAUAACCUUUAAAUGAUAAUUUUAGCAAUAUAUUACAGUUAAAGGUUUAUUUUUCAAACAUGAUUCGAAAAUAAAAUUCAAAAAAUAGACACCCACGUAAUGUUAUCUCAAAUACUAGAAAGUAUUUGGCCAAAAAAAUAGUUAAAAUUGACUGACCCGAGUAAUUUUCUCAUUUCCGUUAUUGAACUAUCUAAAUUAGAAAUAAAUUCAUUAGACGGCGCUAGAAGGCAAUACCGAUUGUCAGUUAUUCAGUUGAAUUCUUAAGUUAUGGUGACUAUGUUUUUCCAAGUUUGAAGUAAAUAUUUUGAGAGUUUUAUCGAGUUUUAAAAGAAAAUAAGCAACAGGUGAAGCUUAAUUCUCACUCCGGUUAACGUGACUUAAACAGGUAAAGCAAUUACAUUUGAAUAAUUUAAUUAUUUGCAUUUAUUUAUGAAAAUAUGAUAUUAAAACUUUUGAGGUUAGUUUCUUUCAUGAACAAAGUAGUAAAUUAAAGGCGGCAAAUUUAUAUAAAAGUCUCACUUCCGUUAAUCUCACUACUGUUAAUUAGGAAAAUUAACGGAUGUGAGGGUAAAUUAACGGAGGUGUAAAAAUAUGAGAUUUAGAGAAAUAUUGUAUUUAUUUCAGUUAUUAUUAAUAAAAAAAUCAAGUAUGGCUAAGACCAAGGAAAAACUUGAAAAGAAAAAAAAAUACGAAUCGAAAAAAUUACGAAAAUUACAAAAUCAACGAUCAAAGGAAUGCAUGAAAAAAUUACGUAAACAAAUUAGAAACGACCCGGUUCUACAUGAACAGCAAAAGAAAAGGGAACGGGAGAGGUAUUUAGCUAGAAAAGAAGCUGGAAAAAUUAAAAGUAUAUGUUAUAUGAAUGAUAGGGAAAAACGAAAAGUAAGAAAACAAUGGAGAGAGCGAAGCAAAAAAAUCAUAUAAUGCGAAGA